AGCGAGCUUGCAGCAUUACAAUUGUAUUGUGAAUUAAUGUGUACCCUUCUGAUUAACCUUUCACGAAUUUCGACAAGGAAAUCUACUUAAAAAGGUGGUAUAUGGGCAGAAGGGGCCAUGGAAAAGCCGCCCAAGAAGAAGAAGCCGAAGAAGGUGAAGAUGACGGCCGAGAUGAUCGAGAAGUUGAGGAUCGAGGCCGAGCUGGAGGCGGCCAGGCAGGCGGAAUUGGAGAAGAGACGGUUGGAGGAGGAGAGAAAGGCGGCGAUAGAAAAAGAAAAGAGGGAGAUCAUCGAGCACCGCUUAAGACAGGAACAACUCGACAAGACGAUGUCGAAGCUGAUGGACAUGGUUAAGAAAUGCAAGGAAGCGAACAGGCAGGAGACGGAAUUGGCCGAGUGGGAAUUUUAUAUUACUUGCGGGAGACUACCGAAUCCGUCUCUGUGUGACCAAAUGAACACCUACCUUCACCUGUGGGAAAAAGAACUGGACGAGACCACCAUGGAGGAAGCUUCUAAGCGUACAGAAGAUGUCGUUAAGCUACUGACAGACCUACAGGACCUGUUGGACACCGCCACAGACGUGGAGGAUAGGAUCGUGAACAACUGGAAAUGGGUAAGACAACUCUUCAGGGACCACCAGAAGGAGAACCUGGAAGUGGCAACGUACAAACUCCUCAGAAACAUCGAGAAAAACCUCCAUCGCAUCGACAUACCCACCGCUGACUUCAAUUUCGCUGACGAGAACUUGAACCUCAGCAUCUGGUUGAGGGUUCAGCUGCCCGUACACUUGCCCAAUCCAAGAAGACCGCCCAAGUCAAGAAUCGAAAUAGCCUUCCCCAACGUGAACAUGGAAGUCCUGUUCCCGUCAUCUAUCGACUGCGACUCCAUGGCCGUCAGGUCCGUGUACCUGAAGUACGACCAUCUCAGUGACCUGUGCGCGAGCUUCUACAUACCCAACACGCCAUCUAUGAUAUCGUCGGCUCUAUUGGACAGCGUCAAUCGCGAAUGGCGUGUCAAACUCAAAUACAAGUACGACAACAGAGACAGGAAAACUGUAGUUCCGAAGACUGACGACAACGGCAACGGCGCGCCCUGCGAAGAAAUAGAGAAGACGGAGUUCUCUUCAGACGAAGAGAUCCCGUUGGUGCCAUACAAGAAACUAGAGCCCACCGCCAGCGAGAUGGCCAUCCAGCUGGAAGAUACAUUAUACUCCGAAACGAAACAACACCUCACGAUCACGGUACCGGACCACGUGAUCAACCUGAGGAGGUUCUCCGUGCUGGGCGGCGUCUUCUGCUUGAACCUGGUCUACCAGCCACCCCAGCCUCAGCAGUUCGUCACUAUGGACCUCGAAAUGACAAAACUUUUCUUACCGAAAAAACUGGAACACGUCGACUUCUCCGUGAUCUACACCCCGCCCGCACCCCCACCCCCCGGGCUGAGGAGACUCCCCGAACAGAUAGAGGAGGAAAUGAGGCUGCAGGAGGAGGAGAUGGACAAGCUGAUGCUGAUCACCCUCACGUGGCCCAGUCACGUGAUCUUCCUGGAGCUGCCCAUAGUGUGUUACUGGGACGAGGGUCAAAGGCAGUGGUCGAAGAAGAACAUCCACGACCUCAAGCACAACGAGGAGAAGGGCAUUCUGACCUUCAGGACGGGGUUGUUUGGAACUUACGGCUUGGCCACCAUCAGAUACGUCAAUCUGCCCUACCAGGCAUGGGAGCUUAAGGCCGAGGAAGACGGAUCCGUCACGUUCCAAAUCACGGCGGCCAUCUUGAUGCUCGAAUUCAACGUCAACAAGGAGGGCCUCGUGUGCCUCUCGCAACUACAGAAUAGCCCCAACAAGGCCCUGACCGAGAUCAUCGGCGUAUAUUUCAAAUUAUUCAAACUCAAGCGGAAGAUGAAGGAAGCUGGCAUCGACGUAUUUCCGGAACCCGACGCUUUCUGUUACAUCGAAGGCGCUUGCGAGAAGCACUGGCCCAUGGAGAAGCAUCUGUACUACAACAUGGCCCAGAUGGCCCCCUGUUUCAACUUUGCUUGGUCGAGAUGGAAUCUAACAGCCGGCAGGAGGAAUAUAGUCAUGCAGAUGAGGGAAUACGUACCCACUAAGACCAAACAGAAAAAUCAUUCGAUGUUACUGGUCACUCCUCAAAAAGCCAGCCUAGUUGAAUGUACAGAGGUCAGUCAAGUAUUUUGUGACGAUGACGUCGAAGGAUUAAAGUUCAGUGCUGACUUGUAUAAUUUGAUAAAAGCUGCGUACAGCAUCACGAUAAGGAAGAAAGCCCAAAACGCGCCCUGGGAGAUGGUCCACGCCUUGUACGAGCUUCUCUUGGCUGUCAAAGUGCUAAGUUUCUCUUAAAAAAAAUUACA